AGGUGCCCCGCUCAGUUUGCUUGAUUCUCUUCGAGCGUUCAGUUCAUGAAAUCGUUCAGUAGAGUUGAUGUUUCCGCAUUGCUUGCGAUGAAAAGGAUGUGGUCAUAUUACUAUCCAUUCGCGUGCUAGCGUGCGUUCCUAGUUCCUUGUGCCACAUGUGACUUCUUUUUUUAUGAAUUUUCGUGACACAUAUGAUUUUUUUUCAACUGCAAUCGAUGCAGCCAUCGUUCGGAUAGGUCGCAAAUAAUAAAAACGGUUCAAUACUAGCAUAUCUCCACAUCGUGCAAUAUUUUCGCGAACCAAUCGAAGAUAACCGAAGAUUUGCCAAUCCGAAAGUGACGUGAUGAUAGACAACGACGACGAGGAUGACUACGAAGGAUAUUUCCUUCGACCGGCUAACGAGUAUAACAUCAAGGAAAAGAUUAAGCUUGCCAAUCAGGAAUCAUUUGCCAUACCAACGCCCCCAUCUCCGAAGUUCACGGUCGGCGAACGGAGGGUUACCUUCCGGGAGCAGCUGGUGGAUUACGAACCGGACGAGUACAGUGAGGCCGAGGAGGAAGACGGUUAUGUCGUUACGAAUGGGGUGCUAAACGAGGAAUCAGAAUCAUCGCCGGAUUUGAACGACCACUCGGAGAGCAAGACCACCAACGGGGAUAUGGACGAGGUGGAUGAAGACAUUAUCGAGGAGCUGAGCAUUAACGAGCCCGUCGACGAGGACAUCGCAUCGCGGGUGGAAGCUGUGCAAUACGACGAGGAACCCGAGGAGGAGGAAGAAGAGCAGGAGGAGUACGAAGAGCUGGAAGAGGAGGUUACCGAGUCGAGCUUGGAUACCGAAAUCCAUAAUCCCGAAACGAGCGAGGACAGCAGUAGCCCGACGAAGGCUCGCGCCAGCGAGGAAGGGUCCGGAUCGAUCGAUGGCCAGGAAGUUAACUACUCGGAAGAAUCUCAAAACGAUGAGGAAAAUUCCGAGGAACGAGAAAUUCUGAAAGAACAACUGAUGAAAGAGUCGCUCUCGUACGAUAACGAGUUUGUUGCAGAUGCGGUCGAAACUUCGGAAGAACAAGAUGAUGCCAAUGAGUUGAUUGGAAGAGACAGUCCAGUUGAGGAACAUCUUAGAAAAAAAUCUGUCAAGUGUCAGCGCAAAUGCUGCCGGCACAAGAGAAGCAUCAAUGACAAGUUGCCUUAUUAUAACGGGUAUCAUUCAGAGUAUGGACUGUCGAAGGAAGAAUUGGAAGCGAAGCAGAAACGUGUGGAAGCUAAGAAAAAACGAUUUUUCGAGCGACACCAGAAAAAGGUACAAGAGCGACAGGAGAAAGCGCAAACAAACGAAGAAGCAUUUUCUUUAUGGUUGAACAAAAAGCUACGGAAUUCCAUCAAUAAGUAUCAAAAUAUGUACGACUACAAGGGUAAGAAGCAUCGGAAACGAUUCCCAAAUAAGGAACACAACGUCGACGUAAUGGUAAACUGAUAGAAUUAGUGAGGAAAAAAACCUUUUGUCUUUUCAGUUGUUGUAAAUGUAAGCGAUAAUCAUAAAAAGCAAUAAAUGACGUAGACUUGAAUAUUUGGAAUAAAAAUCAUACACAAUACAUU